AAACACAACGCGCCAGAGGAAGUUGUUGUCAGUUGUCAGUUGUCAGUAGCAUUGCUAGCAACAGACAUUAGAAAUAUGUCUUUACUUUUCUCCUUGUAGAACCGUAGACCUUUAAAAAUAACUCUGGAGGAGGCCGUCGCAUUGCUGGAACUAUAUUUAGUUGUGAUGAUAAUUUCAUUUUCUUGGGCUAUUUAUUUUAUAUUCGUGUCGAAGCCUCUGUUUGGGAAGAAUUAGCUCGCCAGCGUUAGCUAUGGGUCGAUGACACAGACUGCACCAGAAGAGUUUUCCUGAACGCCGCCCAGCUUCUUGCACUUGUUAAGAAGCAGAGAUGGAUUUCUCUAAGUUCCUGGACGAUGAUUUUGAUGUGAAAGACUGGGUGAACGGAGCCUUCAAGGUGGUGCAGAAGGACGCUCCGGGGAAGGCGGACACACACGCAGCUACACUGGUCAUGAAGCUGCAGCUGUUCAUCCAAGAAGUCAACAACAGCAUCGAGGAGAGCAGUAAUCAGGCGCUUCAAAAUAUGCCGCGAGUGCUGAGAGAUGUGGAGGCUUUGAAACAAGAGGCGUCCUUCCUGAAGGAGCAAAUGGUCCUGGUCAAAGAGGACAUCAAGAAGUUUGAGCAAGACACUGUGCAGUCCAUGCAGGUCCUAGUGGAGAUCGAUCAGGUGAAGAGCCGAAUGCAGCUGGCUGCUGAAGCGCUGCAGGAGGCAGACAAAUGGAGCACACUGAGUGCAGACAUCGAGGAGACCUUCAAAACACAGGAUCUUGUGGUGAUUUCCUCAAAGCUGACCAGCAUGCAGAACAGCCUGUCCAUGCUGGUGGACACGCCAGACUAUUCUGAGAAAUGUGUCCACCUGGAGGCUCUGAAGAACAGACUGGAGGCCAUGGCCAGCCCACAAAUAGUGGCUACUUUUAAUUCCAUGUCUAUAGACCAAGCCAAGCUGUUUGUUAAAGUCUUCACAGAGAUAGAUAGAAUGCCGCAGCUUCUUGCGUACUACUACAAGUGUCACAAGGGCCAGUUGGUGAGCAUCUGGCAGGAUCUCUCUCAGAGCGAGCUCAGUCUGAAUCAGCAGCUGUCUGAAUUCUACGACACUUUGCUGUCUACGUGGCACUCUCAGCUUCAGUGGAGCAGCCAGGUGUUCAAGAACCCGUAUGAAGUGGUGACGGUGCUGCUGAUCCAGACUCUGGGGGCCAUGGUGCCGUCCAUCCCCGUAUGCCUGAGCACGGCCACAGAGCGUUCAUCCCAAGAGCAGCGUCUGGACACCCUGCUGGAGCUCCACAGCACAGCAUCCACCUUUGGACACAGCCUGGAAGCCGCCAUGCUGCCACACCUGGGUCAGCACAGAGAUAAGAUAACGCUACAGAGACUGAAAACACAGGGAUUUCAGUCAUUAUGUUCUGUUUGUGUUUCUACUCUAGGUGAGAAUAACCUCCUGAAGGUGAAUGAGCUGGUGUGUGCGCUGUAUGAUCCCUACAAAUCUUAUCAGCUACAGUAUGGAGAUCUGGAGGAAGCUCACCUCCUCAUCCAGAUCAGCGCCGUACCUUUGGAACAUGGGGAGGUAAUUGAUUGUGUGGAAGAGUUGAGCCACUCUGUUGGAAAGCUGUUUGGUCUGGCGAGUGCUGCUGUGGACCGCUGUGUCAAACUCACCGAUGGCCUUGCUGUGUGUGGCCUCCUCAAAGCUCUCAAAGCUCUCUUCACCAAGUAUGUGUCGGACUUCUCCACAACGCUCCAAUCUAUUCGAAAGAAGUGUAAACUUGAGGAUACGCCAAGUUCAUCUGUUUUCCAGGAGGACUGGACCGCCUUCCAGAACUCAGUCAGGAUCAUUGCCACAUGUGGAGAGUUACUGAGACAAUGUGGAGCCUUUGAGCAACAGCUGUCAAACAGGAUCCUGGGCACGGCAGGAAAGUACUUGUCAGAGUCGUACAGCCCACGCAGCCUGGCAGGCAUCCAGGAGGCCAGUUCCACAGAGAGGAAGAGUGCCACCAAGAACCCUUGGCAGGAAUACAACUACCUACAGAGAGGAAACGUGGCAGAAUACAACAACCUGAUGGAAGUUCUCUACUCACUAAAGGAGAAGGGCACGGGGAACUCCAGCUUGUUAGCUGAGCCCAGAACAGCUCUGACCAGACUCAAUCAGCAGGCCAACCAGCUGGCCUUCGACUCUGUCUUCCUGCAGAUCAAACACCAGCUCUGCCUCGUCUCCAAGAUGGAGAAUCAAGAGGCGCCCGGUUUUGGAGAGAGCUACACCGAGGACCUGCCCACUUUCAGCCUGUCACCACAAGAAUACAUUACAAAUAUUGGACAGUACCUGAUGUCUCUGCCACUCCACCUGGAGCCUUUCGUGACACAGGAGGACCCGGCGCUGGAGAUGGCCUUACAUGCUGGGAAGCUGCCUUUCCCUCCAGAGCAAGGUGAUGACCUUCCUGAGCUGGACAACACAGCAGACUACUGGUUGGGCUCAAUUGCUCGGGCAACCAUGCAGACCUACUGUGAUGCCAUUUUGCUGAUCCCCCAGCUGAGCACCCAUUCCACUAAACAGCUGGCCACCGAUAUUGACUAUCUGAGUAAUGUGAUGGACGCUCUGGGCCUGCAGCCGUCUCGCACCCUGCAGCACAUCGUCACGCUCCUCAGAGCUAAACCAGAAGACUACAGACAGACGGCCAAACUGCUGCCUCGUCGACUGGCUUCCACCGUCGCUGCACUGCGCGCCAUCGACUACUAACAGCAGGGCAGAAGGACUAUAGGUACAGUGACUCUCAGAGCGGCGCUGGGGACUUCCUGCUGAAGAAUGUGAUAUUAAUAGCAGCCGGUUUACACGUUACAGUCCCUGGAAUCUCACAUUUGCUACUGAUGAUUCUCACUAGGGGCUGCAGCAUUUUAGAAUCUGUUUAUGCAGAUAAGUAUGGGAUUUAUGGGAAUGUCCAACUACUGAAAUCAGGUUGGUUCUCGUGGUUUGUUUUUUUUACUGAUUAGCAAGUUUGGCUUUAAAUGAUGUCUCACCAGUGAUGUUGCCUUCAAGUCAAGUCAAAAUGUUACUGUUUCUUGACUUCUCAUAUAUAGUUUCUGCAUUUAUAAGAUAGGGAGAGACUGUGUUAGAGCAUUUUUAAAAAUCUAUAUGACCAAUAUCUUUGACAUACAUAAUACUAAUAUAAUUAAUUUUGGCUAUUAAAUUAUAUAGAGGUAAUAUUUCUAAUAUGUGCUGUAUUGAUUUCCAUUAAUUGAGCUUCACGUUCACCGGUUAGCUUCUAAGGUAAAGGAAGAGGUGAUUUAUUUCUGUGUUGUUGUAGCGGGGGCUGGACUGAUAAUAUGGAGACUCUUCAUGUGGAUGUUUUUGGGGUUUUUUCAUCUUUUUUCAUGCAGUAAUGUGAAAAUUGUACAUAAACUGUAUCAGCAACAUGCCAACGUACCCUGGUGAGUUAUUUUUAUGAAGGCUUUUUUGUAUUUAUUAGUUGAAAAUUUGUUGUAGUUUAAUAAAUGCAGGGGCAUUUCUUGAAAAUAGCUUCUGCAGGCAUGAACUGUC